AUGAUUAUUAUGUGUAACACAUGUUGUCUUUUGUUUGUCCCCCUCCUUGAUUUGGACUUAAUGAUAGUCAUUCUUCAAGUUUAAUUUUAAAAAAAUAUGUUUCUCUACAUUAGGCACUAAAUACUUGUUAUUACUCUAAUCUUUUUAGUACAUUAUAAUCCACACAAAGCCUCAAGGUUUUAUCUUUCUUUUAUUAGAAAAGAAUUAACAUAUUAAAUGAUACAUGUCAAGGAUAGAUGUGUUACAAAAUGAUGCAUGUGAGGGACAGAUGUGUCUUGCUUCUAAUAGUUUUUUUAAUUUUUUCAUUAGCUCUUUUAGGUAUAUUUGAGGUAUUUUAUAUGAGGCCUUAGUCAAAGGACAUUCUCUUGAUAACAACUCAAUUGCAUGUUCGAUAUCUCGCCUAAGUGGCAGUGUGGUAGUUAAUUUAUCAAGCAUGAUAUCAUGAAACUUCUUAAGGGUAAUACUUCAAGAUGGUUCAUUAGUUUUUCUUCAUCUCUAACUUUUCCUAUGGUGAUGAGAAAUAUAUUUACAUCUCAUUGAAGAUCAUAUUUCAAUUAUAUAACUAAGAUAUGUUGGGGUUUUAUCACUUCUUGUGUGGACCCCUACACAAAAUAA